AUGCCUACUCUCAGGAGAAGAGCUGCCUCACGGCCCGUCGAAGACGUCGACAUCGACGUUGACGAGACCAAGACUCGCGCGGUCGAACCUGUCGCGAGCAACCUCGAGACCCUGGCCACCGCGCCUGAUGGACAGCUCGAAGCGCUCGGCGUCGUCAAGGAUGCGACGGAGGUCACAACGAAGGAGGAGAUCACAGAGCAGAUCAGCGAAAGGGAUCGCGACCACCAGCACCCUAGACGACAGCGCUCGCACCUGCCUACCGCGCUACAGUUCCCCCUCGUCGCAGUCCUGAGCUUCAGCAUUUCGAGCUUGUGCUACAGCUUCCUCAGCGAGUGGAGUCGCGGAGAGCUGGCAGGCAUCUCCAAGAGCCUUGAUACCUGGGGAGAAGUCGCGACACUGGCGGGAUGGAGAAUAUUCGAGCUUGCUUUGGGCUGGUUCGGUAACUUCGACAGCUACGAUCUCGCUGCGCUCAACUUGCUCGCGCAUGGUCCACCGGUUUACCUCAUUGCAACUUUCUACAAGAUUAGCCCUGCCACUGCGAUCUCUGCGCUGGGCAUCGAGAUGCUUUCCACCUUCGUGCCAUUCCAGCUCCUUAGGCCUCUGUCAGGCGCGCACGCCGGCGCUAAGAACGUCGCCAACCGCGAACUCCUUUCCGACGUCUCGAUCACCAUCUUCACCACUGUCCUCGCGGCGGCCACCUACAGCGCCACCCUCUUUGUCUCGUACAAGACGUACCUGCCGACGGCACUGGUGAUGUACUUCAAGGGCCUGCCCACCUUGGAGCCCGCCUACGGUUCCAACUUCGUGGCCACGCUCCCUGUUACAUUGGCUUUCGGUAUCGCCGCGAAGACCUACAUCUUUACACCAUUUGUGGCGACCGGCAAGACCACGGAGGAUGGUAAGCUGGAGGAGUUCGACCCCGCCACGGCUACGCUGGGCGAGACCCUGGCUUGGAACCUGUGGGGCUACACCACACGCGCAAAGGUCGUCAUUUUCCGCACCACGGUGGCUAUGAUCUUGACGGGUGUCAACACAUACUUGCAGACUUUCAUGACGGUCAACGGCGUAGAGUCUUAUGGUGCUGCCCUUUACGCCGGUGCCUGGGUUGCUGCUGCAUUCCUCACAGGCGUCGGCCUCGGCUUCGUCGGUGGCGGAGAGGCAUAA